GAAAAAGCAAUGGCAUAUUUUCAUUACGUCCCUUGUCCAGUUAGUUAGUGCUUAAUUCGUCUUUCAUAAUCGUACUAUAUAGUUGCUAUCUCUAUAUAAAUAUAUAAGCUGCACGGAUAAAUAUAUAGGCUGCACGGAUAGCUGCUGCGAACCAAAUUAAAGAAUAGAGAGAGGCUCAGCCAUUUUAUGAGAUUAAGAACAUUUUUAAUGCAAAGAAUCAAAAGAAACCAAGAAACCAAGACUGGUAGUAAAGAUUCAUGAGAGUCGGAGAAGACUUUUGAUGUGAAAAAGUCUGAUCACUGAGUUAACUCAGUGUUUCCCGAUUUUUCUACUCGAUUCAGUCACUCCGAUUUGAUACUCUCCAUAUGAUUUGGUGAGAAUGCAGUAGUAGUGCACCAUGUCACUGAGUUUGGUCGACAUGGGCUUUACUGUUGUAUGAGUUUGGUGCAUCGAUAGUAUGAUGUCUUUUUAUCAACACUAAAAUCUUUGCUAAAAGUACUACUGAAAAUGAUAUCUACCCACCUAGAAAAGUUCGCCCUUUUCUCGCAUCUCUCUGGAUUCUCUAUUCUCAUUUCUCUCAUUUUUCUGUUGAAUUCUUCUAAGACUUCUUCCAUAGACUGUUUCUUAAAACUUUUGAACCCUAAUUCUCAUCCUAGAACCCUUACGUCUUUCAGUAAAACCCUUAAAUCUCCUCCGUGUUUCUUCUGUAAUAAACCCUUUGUUUUUACAGAAAGAUUUCAUGGCUUUAUCACAAUCUCCUUCCUUUUCAUCCCUUCGACUAGAACUUCCUCUUCGUCCUCACAGUCCACGAGUCUCUGCUUUCACUCGAUGUGUUUCUACAAGAGGAUUUGGAGCUCAUUUUCUAUCACUAAAACAUCAAAGAAGUACCAGAAGAACUCCGUUGGUUGUGUCAUUUGCUGCUUCUCAUGAAGAUUCGAAGCCCUCAGAAAUUGAAGUUGAAAAGACAGAAAGUGAGCUUGAAGCAGGAGCUGAAGAAUCACAAGAAGCAUGGAAAAAGGCGUUGGAAUCAUUCAAAGAACAGACAAUGAAAAUGCAAGAGAUGUCUCAAGAAGCCUAUGAGGUGUACUAUAAGAAAGCUGUGGUGAUCUUGAAGGAGACUUCAGAACAGUUAAAAAUUCAAGCGGAGAAAGCGAGUCAGGAUUUGAGUGUAAUAGCCAAGGAGAUUAGGGAGGAGGGUAAAGAAUAUCUUUCAACGGCUGCAGAAAAUUCUCCCGAGGAGGUGAAAGACAUUGUGGAAACUUUUGCUUCUUCAAAAGAUGACCUGAAAGAGGCCUCCAAAGUUCGUGAUUUCUAUGUUGGAAUUCCUUAUGGUGCUCUCCUUUCUGUAUGCGGUUUCCUUUCAUUCAUGGUUACAGGAAACCUUUCCGGCAUUAGGUUUGGUGUUAUCCUAGGUGGUUCUCUUUUGGCUUUAAGUAUAUCAAGUCUAAGAUCAUGGAAAAGAGGCGAGUCAUCUGACAUGGCUUUGAAAGGCCAAGCAGCUAUUGCUGCUAUAAUCUUCCUGAGGGACAUGCGAUUGCUUUCUCAGAGGCCUUCACUUCCAUGUUCUCUUACGACUUUCAUCAGUGGUUCCAUGGUAGUUUUCUAUCUAUAUAGGAUCAUAGUAGAUAGAGAUCAGAAGAAGGCUCCAGACUCAGAGCCCGACAUCUCUAAUCAGUAGAUAGAGAUCAUUGUUUAGGUACUCGAUGACAGUUCGUACAUUAAACGAGAAGCCAUACAAUGCAAGGCUGAUAAUAGUUAAUGGAGGAUGUCCGGUCAUAUUACUUUUGUUUGCUCAGUCGUGACUUUUUCUUCAUCUUAUUUUUGUUACGUCAGUCUUUUGUAGUUCAUGUUUGGCUCAAAAGUUGUAAGAAUAUUUCUGUUUCAAGUUAUACUAUUCUUAGCAAGGUUGCUUUGGUGAUUCAGGACCCUUCAGCUGCAUUGAUUGUUAUCAAGUUUUGUGUUUCAAUUCGACAUUGUGGUUUUCCGUUUUGGUUAAACAUACUUGCAUCACCAGAACUUGUAAACAAUAGGGAAGUGAUAUUGUUCUUUAAUAAGAAAGUUCUUAUGUUAAG